AUGGGAAAGCGCGGGGAGCAGUACUACGGCAGAGAGAAGGAGGAGAUGUGGUACAACAAGGAGAAGCAUCGCGAGAGUGAAAAGCCCAACGGCAAAGAGAAAGCUGGGCCUUCCAGCACCGAGGAUCCGUAUGCCCUCCUAGCAUGUUUCAACACGGCCUUUCUCAUCGACGACUCCGGUUCUAUGAUGGGCUCACGCUGGAAAGAAGUCCACAAUGUCCUCAAAGAACUCGCACCGAUCUGCACAGCUUAUGAUUCCAGUGGUGUAGACCUUUACUUUCUGAAUGCAAGGCAUUGGGAUCGUAGAAAGCAUUGGGAUUAUCGGCCCAAAGACUACCGUGGUAUCAAGGAUGGCCAUCGAAUCCUAGAGAUUAUCAAUACCGAGAUUCAGCCCCAGUCCGGCACUCCUUACCGGCGCUCGCAUCAGUGA